AUGUCUGACACUAUCCAAGAGCUCGCCGAUAUCCCCAAGGACUUUGUCCGUGAGGGUUCCCUCUUCAUUAAGCGUUGCACCAAGCCCGACAAGCGCGAGUUCAUCAAGAUCAGCCAGGCCGUCGGCAUGGGCUUCCUCGUUAUGGGUGCCAUUGGUUACUUCGUCAAGCUGAUUCACAUCCCUGUCAAUCAGGUCCUGGUCGGUGGUGCUUAA